AUGGCUGACGAAUUCCGUGGCAAGAGCAACGAACAAAUCAUCAACGAGAACGCCGCCUCGCUCGAAGCGAAGAGCCAUUACCAGAACAGCGCGAGUUUCAAUCCCGCCGGUGAGACCACGACGGCGAUGGAUUCAGGCGUGAACGAGUCAGGCGUGGAAGGCUUCCCGACAACCAGGGGUAUAGAGCAGGUCGGCGAAGCAAGCUCGCGCCGUCGGAGGAAGAGUCUGGACAGGGCGCCGAUCGCCGCAUGUGGGAAAGAGAGGAGUACAGCAUUUAGGGAAGACGCGGCAGAAGGCGGGGGCCUCGGUGGGCGAAAGAAAACGCUCGCUAGCAACGUCCUAUUCGUACAUCCGCCGGGUACCUGA